UCCCUAACCUAUACGGUAAAUCGGUAAUCUUUUUUUUUGGAACGAUCGAACGAUUAGAACGUGUGUUGAAAAACAAUUCUUAACAAUGCCUGUAUUCAAAUAAUCAGCAAAGCAUCUCAAACGAUACUAAAAGGUAAUAUUGGCUUUUAAUUUUUGGUAUUUUUUGUUUCUAGCUGGGACAACAGUAAAUACCCCAGGAAUAGUUUCCGGGCUGGCUACUUGACAGAGGCACCAGCCGGCCGCCAGAACACGUCUUCUAAACCAAAAAACCUAGACUUUGAACAAGUGGUCCACAAAAAAAAUGUAUGAAAAAUGCAUCAUGCAGAGAAUAAAAUGAAUUUCAUUGAUUUGGAACAAGACAACCUAUAUCUACCAGAUUACGAAGAUGACUUUUCUCAGUAUGAGGAAUUUAUGCAUACAACUCAAGAGGAAUAUCAAACUGAUUUAAACUACUGUAUUUGGCCGUCUGUUGAGUCUCUAUUUAAACCGAUUGGAUGCUUACUCAUGUGCUGCACACUACUCAGAAUAUGUUAUCAGUAUGAUUUCGUGUUCAAUGUAAAAGUGAAACAUUCAGCAUCGAUUGUGCUUGGGCUGUAUGUAAUUCACUUCUAUUUCGAUUCUGAACUAUUUGUGUACAUACUGGGAAUGGCAGCGUUGUCAUACUUUGCCCUAUCAAUUCCCAAUAAUCACAUUAAGAGAUUCACUUCACUAGACAAAGGAUACUUUGCUUUAUAUAGCAGUAUAGUCUGUAUGAUUUUGAAUGAACUGUUAACGGAUAGUGAGCAAUGGAAUCGUAUAAGAAGUGCAGUGAUGCUGAUAGCAAUGAAAUUCAUUUCACUUGCAUUCGAUCGAGGAAAUAAUUCGAAAACUCAACUUCCGGGAUUUAUUGACUACUUUGGAUAUCUAUUUAGCCCUUCUACGUGUAUUUUCGGACCAUGGAUCUCUUUUGAAGAAUACAUGGUUUCACUUCAAAGGAUACAUUACAGUUGGAAUUGGACUAGAUCUAUUUUUGCAAGCUUGUUGUGGAGUCUAGUUUGCUUUAUUCUAUCCAACUGCAUCAUUACAUGGGUCCUCCCUGAUUCUCUACCUGGGAUUUUGCUGUUAUACAGAGACGCGUUGAUAUUUCGCACAAGCCAUUACUUUGUCUCAUUCCUAUCGGAUGCAACUUGUGGCAUUUCAGGAGCUGGCAGUUCGCCAGGAAGACCGUUGGUCAGAGUGACAAGUCCACGACUCAUUGAGAUCCCUCGUUCGAUGGUCCAAGUUUGUGUUUUCUGGAACUUUGCCAUGCAUGGAUGGCUGAAAAAAUAUGUAUUCAAGCCGACAUUCAGAGUGUACGGCUCACUGACAGCUGUUUUGAUGACAUACUUGAUGAGCUCUCUGCUUCACGGACUAAAUGCUCGUCUAUCAGCCGUUCUGCUCUCACUGGGUUGCUACACGUACGUCGAGUACAAAACAAGAGCAGCUUUAUCAAAACUUUUCAGUGCGUGUGUCUGUUCCCGCCCCUGUCGAACGCCCUGUCAUCUUCACAAGCACAACCGUAACGCAUUUACAUUAUUUUUAAACUUUUGCUAUACCGUUUCUGUAAUUCUUCACUUGGCAUAUCUUGGAGCGUUGAUUGAUGAAGCAAGCCGGACUCACGACGUUCAAUAUCAAUCUUCAUCAUUUGAUCUUUGGCGAAACUUCUAUUUUUUCAGUCACAUCAUGGUGUUUGGAGAAUUUUGUGGCUGCAUUAUAAUCGGUUACAUCACAAAAUAUUACCAAAUAAAAACUUAGCUCUGAUAGUUCCACAACUAUUCCAUCUCUAGAAGUGUUGAUAUUAGAAAUCUAAAAAUUAGAAAUGCCACACUUCUUAGUUUUUUCAAUUUUAUUUUAUUUAUUGGAUAGAGUAAACAAUACAGUAGUCGGAAAAGAAAAAACAGGCUAUUCCCCAAAAGUUCUUCAAUUUCUUCUAAGUUUAGUUUGAUAUUAGAAUAACGUUUAUCUUCUGUGUACUACUCGUCCACUUUACAGUAUUAUUUUUAUUAGUGAUAAAAACUUUUUUGAAAACUCAGGUAGUUCAAGCUUCUAAAUUAAGAGUUGUUUUUAUAGACUAAGUAGAUUACAUAGCACUGAUUAUUCUUUCUACUAUAAGACUGAUGUUUAUCUGUAUUUUUUUUUAAUAUUUCUGAUAAAAUGAUAAAUUAUUACUGUAAUUAGGAUUUUCUAAGGGUAUGUGAUAAUAAUUUAACUUAUUGUAAAUGUGACAUAAAACGAUAGCAAAAAGACCCGUGCUAUCGCUUAUUGCUGGAGUCUUCCCUCGUGCUGUUUACUCAGCAGAAUUAUUCUACACAAAUAAAACUUGUAAGAAUUGAAUUACUAAAUAAUAUUAUUUUCUAUAUACGUAUAAUAAUAAGUAUUUUUCUAAGAU